AUGCCCGCCGAAGAACUCUCCGAGUUCGAAAAGCAACGCCUAGCCAACAUCGCCGAACGCGACCAACUCCUCAAAAAACUGAAACAAGAAGCCCAAUCCUCCGGCCUCGCCCUCCCACCACCACCACGCCCAACAGCCAAAAAGCCACCGACAGACUCUUCCAGACCGAAAAAGAAGCCCGCACCCAGAAAACCAGUCGCCCAAGAUGACCCUGCCCCGCGUCGUGUAUCCUCCCGCCUGCGCGGAAUCGCCGCAGACAGCGAAGUCGCGAAGCGCAAGGCGGACGAGCAGCAGGAGGCGUUGAUGGAGGCGGAGCGGGCGAAGAAGGUGCGUAAGUCGGAUGCGUUUUCGUUUAAUGAGAUGGUUGUUUCGGGGCAGAAGCUUAGCCUUGGUGGGGAAGGGUUGAUUGGGGUGGAUGUUGUGACGAAGGGGGUUGCGAAGCCGUAUGAGCGGACGUUUGGGGAUGAGGAUAUCAAGAUGACGACGGAUGAGGAUUUGAAGGCGUUGAGGGAGGAGAUGAGUGGGUUGCAGUUGUGGGAGGCUUGGGAGCCGAAUCGCAUCAAGUUAACUCCCGAGCGAAUCUACACGAUGACCUUCCACCCCUCAGAAACAAAGCCAUUGAUCUUCGCAGGAGACAAAAUGGGUCACCUUGGUGUCCUCGACGCAUCCCAGGAAAAGCCCGUCUCCGUCAAAAACGAAGACGACGAGGACGCAGAAGAUGACCCAGACCCUAUCCUGACAACUCUCAAACCACACACCCGCACCAUCAGCUCCAUGACCAUUCAUCCUGCCAAACCAACUCACCUCUACACGGCAAGCUACGACAGCUCCAUUCGCGAAAUGGACCUGGAAAAGACCACAUCUGUUGAGAAAUACGCCCCGACAUCCCUAGCAGACGACCUCCCUCUCUCCGGCAUCGACAUGGCCCCCGACGACCCUAACACUGUCUACUGGACCUCCCUCGAAGGCGCCUUUGGUCGACAUGACAUGCGCGCGCCUCCGCCCUCAUCAACAGAGGUCGUGGAGUCAUGGCAGCUGUCUGAGAAGAAAAUUGGAGGAUUCUCGCUCUAUCCAACGCACCCACAUUACUUCGCCACGGCGAGUUUAGAUCGGACAAUGAAGCUAUGGGACCUCAGGAAGCUCUCGCGCGAUGAACCCGUCCCUGUCGGUGAACAUGUCAGCCGAUUGUCUGUUUCGCAUGCAGCGUUCAAUUCUGCAGGUCAGGUUGCUACCUCAUCGUAUGAUGAUAGUCUUAAGAUCUACGACCUGGCAGCGCAGGGCAUUAACACCUGGCCAGAAGGCCAUGGCAAGACCCUUUCAGACGAGCAAAUGAAACCAGAUACUGUCGUUCGUCAUAACUGCCAGACUGGUCGUUGGGUUACUAUUCUCCGCCCUCAAUGGCAACAAAACCCGCAAUCCCCUAUCCAGCGUUUCUGCAUCGGAAAUAUGAACCGCUUCGUCGACGUCUACAGUUCCUCGGGUGACCAGCUCGCCCAGCUGGAUGGCGAGGGCAUCACUGCCGUCCCGGCUGUGUCUGUCUUCCACCCAAGCAAGAACUGGAUUGUUGGAGGGACGGCGAGUGGGAAGGUUUGUUUGUGGAUGUAA